AUGCGUCAACGCAGCAAGCCGGCCACAGCUGUGCCGCAGCCUGCCAGCGAUGGCGGUCCGGAAGAUAGUGGUGGUAAACCCGUCUUCUCGCCUGCAGGGACAACGCCUUGGUCGCCGCAGCGAGAUGCGUCGCCGCUGAGCACAUCUUCUGAGGUGUUGUCGUCCGCAGACUCCUCCUCCGCAUGCGAAUCCUCGCCGAGGUCAUCGUCGUCGUGCUCCGAUAGUGACGAUGAGCAGCGCCGUGUGGGCAAUCGUGGGGGUGUCACUGGCGCAGCGAAUGCCGCGGCUGCCUCGGCGGAUUACUCCAAAAGCCGCAGCGCCCGGGCAAAGCGAUGGCUGAAGAAGAACCUCAUCCCAGAGUUCGUGCACGAGUAUGGGCGCACCGUCUACGGUGGUAACCCACUCUCGCAGCAGACGCUGCCCGGUGUCUUCAACUACCCAUCGCCCUUCAUUCUCGUGCCCAUCUUCUACGUCCUGAUGGUACCCUUCUUGAUCGUGGGGGGGGCAGUGCUAGUGAAAGGACGUCAACAACAUAUCAUCGAGCAGGAGUACAGCCACAUCCACCAGUACCAGUACGUGCCGUCGAAUACGAGCGUGAACAUCAACCAAGGCAUCCUGCAGUUCACGGCGGACGGUGUGACGCACGCGCAAGGCACACGGACGUGGCUGGAGAUCAACAUCAGCCGCGGCAUCCUGGCGCCGGUGUACAUGUAUUACAAGAUCUCUAAUAUGCACCAAAAUCACCGCGACUUCCACCGCGGCCGCUCCAACUCGCAGCUGAGGGGCAAGUCCACUAUUGACAAGACGUACACGUGUCAGCCAUACACGUACCCCGGGUUCCGCAAUAACAAGGGUGAAACCCCCAUCACCAUCACCGAUGCAACCGGGAGGCAAGUGACGCGGCCGGCCAGGUAUUUCACGUACAACCCCUGCGGCAUCGCGCCGUGGUCUAAGUUUAACGACACGUUCGUUCUCUACCGCAAGCUGACACCAGCGGAGGUGCUGCAAGCAAGCAUCAGUGGUGUGCCGGUGCUCCACGGUGGCGUGGAUGGCACGACUCCGGUGGAGCUGAUCUGCAACGGCACCGAUUUUGGGCUGAAAGGCGAGCCCCUCGACGGCAGCGUGGCAGUGAACCGCUGUUCCAAGAUGGGCAUCAGCUGGAAGGCGGACAGGAAUAUUCGCUUCCACAACAUGACGCUGCGUGAGGACUGGUGGUCGCUCUACUACCCGUACCCGACCACGAACGAGUAUCUGCGCAACGGCUGGUACCUGGACGAGCCGGGUCACUCGCUGCCGGACCCCUCCGACUACGACCUGCAGGUGUGGAUGCGAGCCUCCUUCACGUCCAACUUUCGCAAGCUGUACCGUAUCAUCGACAUGCCACUCUAUCCCGGCACGUACCUGGUGGACAUCAGCGAGUUCUACGACGUGGUGAGCUUCCGUGGCCGCAAGAGCGUGGUGCUACAGCACACCAACUGGAUUGGCGGCCCCAACAUAGGCCUCGGCGUCAUAUUCAUCCUGAUGGGAUGCCUGUCUUUUAUCCUCGGCGUCACCUUCACAGUGGAAUGCCUGCUACAACUCAACGGCGUGAAUCGGUACGAGCGCCUAGACGAGCCGAAGCGCAGCUGGUACGUGUUCCCGCCGAAUGAGCCCGAGUUUGCGAGCUACUAUCAGUUGCGCCUCCGUCGCCAUAUACCGAUGGCACAGCUGCAGUCGCUGCGCAAGGCUGUAGCGGUGCUGGAGGACUUGGUGCACGCCUCUGAGACCGCACCGCUCACUCAGCAACAGAGCAACAGCGACACUGAGGUGAGCGGGGCUGGUGGCAACGGCCAUCUCGCGUGA